AUGAAUUACUCAUUCCUGGGUCAAAACAACCGGAAGGCAAUCUUUACGAUCAUAAAGAAUUAUAUAAACCUGUCACAGUAUGAGCUCGCUCGGUCGCUGCUACACCAUUUGGUGGUUACAUGUUUGUUCACGAGGGAUGACUUCACCAGAGAUGACGUCAGGAGGAGGAGGACACGAACGGACAUGUCGACGGAGGAGAAGCUGUAUUACCUAAAGAAGACUCUCAAAUUCAUGCGAAGGUUUCUACCCUAUGGUUGCUCUCCUCUUCAAAUUUUUUCAAAUGAACAAUCCAGCGCUCACUUUCUACUCAAGGUGGCACGAGACUACAACCGGUUCGUUGACUUGAUAUUCGGGAACCUACUCACCACCUGUGGCGUGAGGAAAGCACAUCUGGGAGGGGAACCAUGGAGAAGCGUCACGAGACUGCCCCGCCAUCUCCGAUCCCUCUUGAGGAAGAAGUACGUGCCUAAGCAGCUGCAGAACAAAAUUGCCUUCGAUGUACUUCUAGCAACCAUAAUGGUGCACAGGGAGUACUACCUCUGCGCAUUUGAAGACCCCUCGUUUUUUCCCUUUUCACUCGACACGGUGCAGUGUCUAAGGAGGAUCUAUUAUAUGUACGUGAAGGGGAGGGAACUGCUCUUGGGGAGGGGGAAGCGAGGAAGGAAGAAAGACCUACCGGGGGAUCACCCUCAUAAAUCAUCAACACGGUGGAAAGCCAAAGUGAAAAAGGGCCAGUGGCGUCUCCUCAACUUAUUUAACCGCAUUGUCCCAUUCAACGUGCCAACCAGGGGAACUCUCCACAAAAAAAACACCCCCCACAUGGGUGGUAACUCUCCUAACAGAAGAGCAAAACGUUCAUGUGGUUCAAAAAUAAGGAAAACAGAUCAGCUACACGAGGUAGAUGAGCUCGUUCUUCACUGCUGCAGAGUGGUAUAUGGUGAGAAGGCCGAUCGGGUCAGAGGGAGCACUCAUGUAGUCUCUUCUAACCAUGAAGAGAAUGAAGAAGACAAGAAAGACAAAGGGGAAGGAACACCAUCAUCCAUGCACAUAAUAUAUAUCCCCCCUCUUCACAUCAUUAAUAAAAGACCCAUAUAUAAUUAUAUAAAUACUUUUGAAGAGGAGACACAUUAUUUUUGCCAGCACAACGUUGUGACAUCACUCUAUCGGGAGCUGUUCUGCUUGGUGUUUUUCUUCCCUGCCUUGGGCGUUGAAUUACUUAAGACCCUCUGCCUAAACCAGUCCUUUUUCGAUUUCCUCCUCACUCUUCUUCAUUUGCUUCAUUCCGAAGGGAGUCACUCCGCGGUUGGCAAUUACGUGAAGGAUGGAUCAGAUGGAACUGCUGAAUUGGGGGCAGCUAGGGAGGGGGGCGUUUCUGUGCAGAUGAGGGUAGGUCCCACGAACGGGAAGAACCCCGUCAAGGCGGACGCGCCACUCGAGACAGGAAUGGAGGCGGAGACGGAGACAGAAGCAGAGACGCCACCCAUCCCAGUGAGAAAAAAAAAAGAAAAAAAAAAAAAAAAAUUCAUAAAAAAUUGCUACUUCAUAUUCACACAGCUGUACUACAGUGUGGUCGAAAUCUACAUCCAUGUCCUGGUAGAGAAGUUAAAAAAAAAGGACUUGGUGAAUUACUUCAAUUUUUUGUACCUGAUCAAGUUUAACCACAUUUUUAUGAACAACGCUUUUUUCUUUUCCAUGUGCUUUGCAAAUGUGAGACAUCUCACAGAUGGAGAGCUCAACGGCGAAGAAAAACACCGGAGAGAGUUCCCACUUGACUCCUCUCAUCACACCAAUGUAAAGGACGACAGGGGGGAUACUCACCUGAGAAGUACCCCCCAGAGGAAUCUCCAUCUCGCUCAAAAGGCUCUCCACAAGGUUUACGAUUGGCUGGUCCUCCUCGUCUUCCACUUCAACGGUGACGAAGGCGCAGUGCACCACUUUGGCCACUGUCCCGAGUACCCCCCAGACAGGCACAAAAAGGAGAACGAGAAGAAGGACGAGAAGGAGGAGAAGAAGACGAAGGAAAACAAAGAAGAUGUAACCUUUUACAAAGUCCUCCUCAGGGGAAUCGUCCUCCACAUACCCAUUAAUUACUCACACAUACGAGCCAUUUUCUUUUUUUACGUGAAUAAAAUGAAAGAGAAGAGGGAGGAAAGGACCAGUCCAAAGACUAAUCACAAGAAGAGCGUCAUGUAUGAUAUACUCAUGUCCACUAACACAUUUCGGUGUUCCGAUCAAGGCCUAGUGGUCAAUGUGCUUCUUCACCUGUUCAAUUAUGCAGACGAUCUGUACUGUCGCUGGGUGCAGACAUGCGCGUUGUAUUAUCACGUGAGGAGUAGAGGGAAGGAGGAUCUCCUGUUUUGUCUCAACGGAUCGCGGAUAAGGGGUGUGCACUUCCUCGGCUACCUGUUUGACCUCUGCCAAGUACACAUGGCUAAUCAGGAGUUCCUCCUUUUGAACAGACUACUUCAAAAUUUUAAGGAACUAAAAAAUUUGUGCAUCCUUUUCUGCCUGGAGAAUGCGACGGACGUGCAUGUGAAACUAAAGUGCCUCUCAGAGAUGAAGGCCAGCAGGAACAAUGUAUACCUUUACAAUUAUAUAAAAGACAUGAAGGUGAGGGUUAAGAUCUCCUCUCACCACUACCACUUGUACAAACAAAACAGGAGAGUAAAACAUGGAUGUGACGAACGCAGAUUGACGGAGAAUGAAAUUUUUCUCGCGUUGAAGGAGUCUUCCAGUGCCGCUUUACUGAAUCAGCUCCACCUGUUACACUGUGUUGGGUACACUUUUCUCGCGAAAAUGGCACAGAUGGCUCGAUGCAAAAUUAAGAAUGAUCUGUACAGGCGGGAGGUCAGAAUGAACACCAACUUUCUCCUUUUUUACGCAUCCAUGAGGAGUGUCUUCCUCUGCUUGCAAGGGCGCGGAAACGUGGAGCAGAUCAAGACCUACUACAAACUCAUAACCUACCGGGAGUGCCGAGUAAAAGCCCUCCUGUACAUAACUGUUCUCGUCUUCCAGGGCAUACGCAUGAGACAGGAAGGGGUGAAGCCACACCUUUUCAUGUGGAUAAUACACUUCCUCUCACGUAAGCUGCGAUAUAUAAAGCAAGACAAGUCCCUUUUUUUAUAUAACUUGAAAUGUUUGUUAAUACAAAUUGUAUGCGAUGUGUACGUCCGUCUGUUUGUUUUCAUACAAAAGUGUAGAAGUAUACAUGUGGAUUCAAAAAAUGGAAAAAACGGGUUCAGACGGGUUCUAAGGGAUUCCCACAAAUUUUGCAUCAGGGGAAGGGAAGAUGCAAAAUUAGAAGCGCUUUACCAGAUGAGACAAAAUUCAAAUGACAGGGGUUCUCAGAAGGAAGUACUAUUACAAAUGGGAGGUAGGAGUCACUCUGCUGGGGUGGAAAGCAAACUGGGCUUAGUUCAACAACCAGUAUCUGUCACCCCCCAGGGGAAGAAAUUGCGUCACGGGAUAGCACCCAUGCUUCCAUACACAAGAGUAACCACAGAACGGGUUCUGGUGAGUCACCUAAUAGGAAAAGUAAAAAGAAUUUCAUCCAUGGGGGGGGUGCACAUAAAACGAACGUCUAAAGGGAGUGCGGCACGGAGAAAAGGAAGCUCCGUCUUCAAUUAUGUAAUUAUGGUGGAGAGGUACCUGCGGAGGGAGGAGCGCUCCUCUACCAAGCGUACACUACCCCUGGGUGGUCUACAUGUGAAUAAUGAGCGCUUCAACAUGGGUGACCUGAAAAAAGCAGACCUGAAGAGAGCCGACCUGAACAACAUCUCAUUCGGGAGGCACUUCCUAGAACUCAUGUGCAGCGACCCCCAGGAGUACCUCUACAGGAACGUUGCAGACGGGAGGAACAAUCACCUGAACAUGUUCAUAUUUUUUAUAUACAAAAAGCAGGUUUCGACAAAAUCGCUGCGAAAUUUGUUGCACUAUCUCGAAUUGAACACUCUCUUUAAGAGCCUGUACAUGGGUCAGCCUACUUUGUCAUGUAAGUGGAGGGGAGAGACCACACUUCAGAAUAAGUCUCUCACCCCCUUUUUCGAAAUGAUGCUUUUUUAUUAUGAGCAGUACAGAUGGAACGAGGUGAACAGGUACCUCUUACCCAACAGCUGUGGUGUCGACUUGUUCUCUCUUUAUAACUUCCUGGACAUGUGUGUAUCGUGUUCGAACACAGUGGAGAGUGGGGUGGCUUUGCUCCGCUUCGUGAGGAAGCGGAUACGAAGGGGCGGUGUGCCUUCCCCCCCUGCACGCCUGGCUCAUUUCCUCCUCUGCUUCGUAAAUCGCCUGCACGUUCUUAUAAGCAUAAAGAGCAGGCCGUCCUUGGGGGACAGAAAAAGAGAAAACCCGAAUCGAACGAAGAAGGAAAGAACAGAAACAAAUCCCUCGAGAAAGACACCACGGAUCGUAAAACCAGUGCUUCUAAAUAAGUACCUGCUGCUGAAAUGCAACUCACUAAAGGUGCAGUCCAAGUUAAUUGAAAAAUAUUUUGUGGACCUGUACAAGAGAAAGCACUUCCUCAAGGAUAUGUUUCUCAGAUUCAAUAAUUUAAAAAGGAAAAAAAAAAAAUACAUAAAUGUGAAGUACGAAGAGAUGAUCAAGUGUCUGAAUAAGUACUGCCACCUGCUGCUACAAAAUGAUGAAGGAGUUACAAUUAAUUAUUUGUUUUUUUUUUUCCUGUAUGCAAAAAUUCUUAUUAAAAAUAUGCACAGCUCAAUGACGGACAGACCAUCACAGCGAAGCUUUUACCAAUUCGCUUCUAACUCUAAGGAGAAAUUUUCCAACCCUGAAAUUAUUUAUGAACAGGGGAUGAACUACAACCUUUUUUUCAUUCUAACUGUGGAUGUAGACAGACUGAUAAAAUUCUGUCUCUUCUUAUGUAACUCCUUUUCGAAUGCCAGGAGGAUGUGUUCUCUCUUCUUCAUUCACUACCACAGGGUGCUCGUACAAAAUAUUGGCACUCAAUGUUGUGUAAAAAAUUGCUUUCCUUUAUUUCCUUCCGAUUGGAGGAAGGACUCAGCGGAGACGAUCUUCACGACGUCCUUUCUCCGUACGAAGAAGCCUAAUAAAGAUGUGACCCCUCGAAAGUCCUCAUUAGGGUAUAAUUACAUCAGGGGAAAAUGUUCAGAACAGCCUGAGGAGAAGCACCUUACGGGUGAGUUUUUCUUCUUCCUUAGCGAUGUCGUUGGGGCGCUGGAGCAGGUGAAACGAAGAAUCACUCCACGUGAGGGAAAACGAAGGAAGAAAAAAACGUGCAAGUUGAAGCUACUCCUUUUGAAGUACCUCCAGCACGUGAUCGACACACAGGAAGGGGUAACACCAGAUGGGCAAAUGAAGUCACGUGCUGGAGGAGGUAACCCAGCUGGGAUCCCCCCUGAGCAGCGUUUUUGUAACUCGAAGAAACAGUGUAAUGAAGACAACCCCAGUGUGGAAGACAAAGAUGAGCUAAUGAAUCUGUUCAUAUGCUUGGAGAAGUGCGACCAAUACUUUCCAUUUAUUUUUAACACCCUCUACGGAUAUGCCUUUUCAGAAAAGUACAAUUUUUUGAAUAGGCUCAUCGUGGAGAGGUACAACAGCAUUAAAAAGAUUCUCUGGAUCUGUCACAGGGAGCGGGGAGUCUCGGCCGACGACGGCGUCCUGCAAGCGGUUAGCGAAGAUGUCAGUUGGAGCCACGUUAGCGGUGUAAACCAUGUUUGCGGCGUGACGGGGUUUAGCGUGUACUGCCUCAAGUACGAAGACCUGGAACACCUGAACGGAUUCACGAGGUGCCUCCUCAACGCGGCCAUGUUCGACGGCCAACAUAACAUGGACUGCCUGCAUCUGUACGAGUUAGUGAAGGCACCCAAGGGGGAGACAAACGUGGACCUCAACACGAAGAAGAAGCUAAAUAAGUUUUACGAACCCCUUUUAAGAAAAAUGCAGAGUGCCUCCAGCGAGGAAGUAUUCAAUAAUCCAUUUAAAUUAAAAAGAAAAAUGUUUAGUAGUGCACCUCGUAAUUUUCUGAAAAAAGAAGAACCCUUCACAUACCUCCUGAGAGAGACAACCCCCCUGGAGAGUCUCCUCGACGUUGUCGUAAAUUUAUUCAUGAAGGACGACCACACGCUGAGCAGGAUGACUUUGCAAGAGGUGAUCCUAGUCUUGAAUACCAGCUAUUGUAGGUGUGAGGAAUUUCUAAGUGAAGAUCAGGCAGUUUGGGUAGACACUCUCCGCUGCUGUGACGAGGUCGACUGCUACACUUUGGGGAGACUUCCUAACACCCUGCGUGGGAAUGCCAUCAAGGUGGGUGUGUAUAUGAAGGUGCUGCGGAUGGUGAAGAAGGUGCAGCGGGUCCUCAAUGAGGAGGCAGGGUUGCACGAGGAAGACCCGUCUAAUGCAGUGCACCGCUCUACAAAGCAACGCGCCCACUGGGUGAAGAUCCUCAAAGCCAUUGUGAACGAACCAAUGGGGGAGCAGGACACGAUAAAAUUCAUCACACAACAUAGGCUAUUCAAACAUGCCCCCUUUCUCCUAAAUUACAAAUUGGGUUCAAUCACCAGCGACUCCAAAAGGAAGCAGACCCUACAAACACUGGAGACGAAAUGCAAGGCAGCUUACAUUUUACAUCUCUGGAGGAGCCAUAACCCUAGGAAGAAAAAAAAAAUUAUUUCCUUUUUGAAGAAUCUAAAGGAGGAAAAGGAAGUCCAAAUUUUACUAAGCAGAAUACUCUAUCAUCGAAACAACAACCAAGACAUGCAAAACUUUUUUUCAUUUAUACAUUUUCAUUUUAAAGCAAAUUUUGUGAAAAGGUUCUACCUGCUGUCACUCGUGUCACACUCAUUGCAGGUGCAACCAAUCAGCAGGAUGAAAAUUAGGCAACUUUUUUUUUCUCUUUUGUGGAGAGACAAAUUGGAUCUAAUCAGAUUCAUCCUGAGGAAUGAUUUGUACAGACCCAGAUUGUACACUCUCUUUCGUUACGCCUUUCUGUGCAUUCAUAUUGAUCUGUCCACGUGUGUUUCGUCUAAGCGAGCACUGUGGAAGGAGCAUACAGGGGGGAGGACGCACUGCCGAGGAGAGAAUUACGAACAGAAGAACGCCCCUCCCUACAGUUUGUUCAAAUGUUUAUGCGUUUUGCAGAUAGCUGCGUUGGUGCGUGGAGAAGACAAUGAGCAGCUCGCGUACGCCACGUUCCUGCGCGUCACACAGGUGCUCUUCGACCGGGUGUGCCGCUGUGUGGGCGACACGAUGUGUAAGGGGCUCUGUAACGACCUGCCUGGGGAAACUCCUCUCCGCGGCUGCGUAAAACUGAAAAAGGCUCGCCAAGUGAAUCGCCAAAUGAAUCGCCCAGCCAUCGCCAAUGGAAACAAGGAACCGCCGCCACACGGGAAGCUCAAAAAGAAGUUCAGCCUGUUCGGCCAAUUUUUUCACAAGCACCUCAACGCCAACGGGGUUAAGACAAAGGGAAAGAGCGGCAACAACGCAUACAUCAGGCAUUACGAUAUUGUUAAAUUGGAGGAAGCACCACAACCAAGAUGCUACCAGAACAAUGUAAGGAAAACACAAAUGAGCAUAAACAUCCUCUUAUACACCUUCUAUAAGGUAUGUUUAUUCUUUUACGAGCACUACAAGGAAAUGAGAAGACAGAGCAAUCUUCUAUGUACUUUACUCCCCAUGCUAAUAUAUGUGCAGACGUCCUUGCAGUUCCGGGUACACCUGAAGUCGGUCAUGAAGCUAGACAUAACAGAUCUGAUUGAUUUACUAAAGGUGAAAAAUUUCAACUUGUGUAACCAACUGAUCCAUCGCAUAUAUUCUUCGUACAUCUACAAUGUGAAUCCCUUUGGUGUGUUAGGAGAACCCACUUUGUUCUUCCCCUUGGCUAGCUCAAAAAGAAGAUUCAACAAAUACAAAAUGGUGAAAAAUAUCGUGUCGCUCCUUCGAUGCAGAGAGGGACCAAUGAUCAGAGACGUGCUACCCUUGCGGAAGGUCAGCAACUUUUAUGUGUAUAAAUACGCCCACGAGACUUGUGUGUAUAGACAGUACGUGGAUAUGGCAGGAGUGGUGGCCCGUGAGUUGGGGGCGGACAGGGAAAGAGUUCUAUAUGAAAGGGAUGUUGUGAAGUGUAGCAGUGUGAACGCGGUGAACCGGGAGGACCUGUCGCGGAAGGUGCAACGGCUCCACUUCAGCGUGCUCGCGUUCUACGUGGCACUCUUGUCCAAGUGUAACAUGGACCUAUACUUGUCUCUGAAUUUAUUUUUUUCCUUCACCUGCACAUACCACUGCUCCAGCAAUGUGUACAAGAAAUACAAAAAUUUGAUUUCCCAUUUUUCUAAUGUGCACGUGCAUCAGGGGGGGACAGUCCUGGCGAGUAUGAACAAUGACAUGGGGAUAAGUGAACGGACUGCCCAUAAGCUGCUCAGCAGAAAUGGCGGCAGAAGCAGCGGUAAAAGCAACACCGCCCGCAUACGUCACCCAAGGGUUAUGUACAAAAUGGUCCUGCAAGUGAGCUCUGAAAGGGGGGUCCACCCCUGGAAGGGUUGCACCUACUUGGGUCACAUUUGGCUCGAACUCAAAAAAGAAAGGAAUUCACUGGCGAAGGGAGUAGGUCCCUCGGUGACUUAUCAUCUUGUAAGAAGCGAUGACGUGGCUUUGUUCCACCAGAUAUUUGUCCCCAACCGGAGCGGCAAUCGUAUUUCUUGCAGCAGAUUAAACAGGAUUGACCUACUGUUGCAGGCCACCUCCACCCUCUCUCCACAGAGCAUUUACUCUCCGACCGCUUCAAUCUACGUCAGAAGGCACCUCCUCACCAGCGUAGCUUUCUCCUACUUAUACAGCUACCAACAUGAUAUAUAUUUUGGAGGGGACUGCCGAGACAUACCAUCGGUAAGAGUCCUCACACAGAAGCAGCUCCUUAUGUAUGCCAUUGAAAAUAUAAACAACCCAUAUGUGGUGAUAAGAAAAGGGAUGCAUCCCGUGGAGGAGUGCCCAGUACGUCGAGGAGCCUGCCCAGGAACAGAAGGAGAAGGCACAAAAAUGAGGGCAAACGAUGGGGGAGAUAAAAAAGGGAGCAGACUCCCCAAUGCAAAGACAAGCAUGAUGAGGAAGGCUCACCAGUCGAGAGUAGAGCAACUUAAGAAAAAACAAAAGACCUUUACAUUCAAAAAUUAUUUAAGACAAAAGAGAGUAGAACGAAAUAUCAUUCUGUUCAGGCAAAAAUUAAAAAUGUUCCAACAGUAUAUUAAAAGGAUAUACAAUGAAUCCCUGCAAAGACAUGUGUUCGAGUUCUUCUCAUCGAGUCAGUUGACUAAUCAUUACGAGCGUUUCUUCAAUGACAUGGAUGCUCCCUGUUCAUUCCCUCUCUGCUAUGCAUACCCGAGUAGUAACCUAGCUUUGUGUGCUCAGUACUUUAAGAAGAGCUUCCACGAGGUGUGUGCAGAUAUGGCUCUCUCUAAGUGUGAUGGACGGGUGGAUGGAGGCACCUGUGCGGGAAAGACAAGGAACUUUCUCUUUGUCACGUCCUUGUUGUUACCUUAUGGCGCUCGGUGCCCGCGGCUGCCAAGCUACAACUGCGCCAAGUGUGACCGCGGCCGCCUGGCCGCCCUCAGGAGCUACUUUUCGCCGGACACCCUGCUCAGCGUCUGCACCAAGAGCGACCUGACCAAGGACUGCUUCAGGAUCAUUCACAAGAAGGGAGCGUCAAGUGCACAGUUCAGCCGCCUCAUCAAGAGGGCAUGCAGGCACAACUACAUUUACAAAAUGUUCCAACACGUGUCUCGCCUCGAGGACCCUCGUUUCCAGCGCGAACUAAAAUGCCAUUUGAUGAAGCGAAGGAUGUACGCCCUGCUGUAUAACUACCUGGUUUUUUCCGGAGACUACCUCAACGCGGUUAUACUCUGCGUACACAAUUUUUCCGUCGCGCAAAACACGGAUACACAAAAUGGCUACCUGAACAGCGCCCUCGUGAACCUCACCCUGAUCACGAACACGUUUGACUCCAAGGUGGAAUCUACCUGCACAAGGAAAAUGGCCCACGAACCUCUUAUCAUAUAUAACCACAGCCGCCUUCGCAAGAGGAGCAGCAAAUUUUAUCGCCCCAGCAAUUUUAACAUCCUUCUGGGGCAGAUGCAAAAGGGGCAGCGUCAUCAAGUCACCAUGGACACGAUACACAGAUGCAUGGACCUCAUAACCCUACAGCACACACUCCUGAACGCCCAGCUGGGUUACCCGGUGAAGAUUAUGAAUUGUAAACGCGUGGAGAUCCUCCUGUGCAUACAAAUUUUAGUUUAUAAGAAAAAGUAUAACCUCGCUGAUAACGUUAUUAAUGUGUAUCACUGGAAGUACACCUUCACGUACUGCCUGGCUUGUCUCUUCUGCGUAUUGUUAAAAAAGAAUUUCUGUUUCCUGGAGGAUGUGUUGCAUUACGUUAAGAUAAAGCUCAACAGCGAAGACAUGAAUAUGUUCCUUCUCCACGUCCUGCACUUGUUUUUGGAGUAUCGCACCAAGUGGAGGCACGUCUACGAGCAUGUGAAGCGGGCGUACGGUGGCCACCGCCCUGACGACGUGCAUGGCGACCUGCAUGACGACCAUCCUACAGACGACACAUCCAACCGGCGUGACCUCCUCCACGAUGUGCUGCUCCACAUCACGGACCACGACUGCCUCUUCUACGCGCACACCCUCCUCUUCAUAUACGACAAGCAGCAGUACGCAGGCAUCCUCAAAAAUAUGAAGCGCCUCUUAUUCAGUAACAUUUGUAAAAAUGAAAUUUACAAAACAAUUAUUGGAGCAUACAAGUUUGCCCACCAGGAUCGGCGAAUGAACUUCAAUUUAAUUCAUGCGCAUAGGAAGUCCUUUAAGAAGGUUUCUCGGCGCAGGAUGAGCUUAACGCACCUUGGUAGCAUUGAGGAGGACUACAACUUUGCGCAGCUGAUGUCGCUGGGCAAGAAGUACCCAGACAAUAUAAAGCAGAACAUCCUGCGCGAAAUUUUGGCCAUUCGUGGUGGAGCGGUGUAG